AUGAGCGACAGGUUCGCCAACUAUUGGGGCCAUUUACAUGAUCUCGAUAAUCGUGUUGCCGGUCCAGACUCAUGGUCCGUCGUCCUAAGAAGGACCAGCCAACAGAAUUGGGAGGUGGUAGGCGCGAAGGCGAAAGACAGAUCCCCUUCAUUGUGGAAACCAUGCAGUAUCGACUUCCACCCCUACGACAGACCGGGCAUCAACAGGGCCUGGAUCUGCCUGUUAAAUUCCGAAAUCCAAGCAUCUGCGGCAUUGGGUUCGGUGGGUGCGGGUAACUUUGUGCCACUGACGAGGGAGGAACUGAAGGGGCUCAAUUUCCUGUCAAGUAUUGUCGAUGCUGGAUAG